AUGUUCAAGUUCUUCCAGUCGCUCAUCCGUCCGCGGGGAAAUGAGGAUGACAAGAGCGAAGAACGGAGGUAUGACCCCCGUUGCGGUAUGUCCAGAGAGGAGUUCGAAUGGCGAUUGGCCCAUUCCGACAGGAUGGCGCAGCGUAUGCCCCAGUUGCUGGACAAGGUUGAUAUCGGGCUCAAGAAGAUGCGCCGCCAUUUCGUCAACGACCCGGACGCCCUCAAGCAUUGGGAUGGGUAUGAGGAAAAUGUUCGUUAUGCAUUUAGGAAUCAGCUCUCUCGCACCCUCAUGUGGCCUACAUGUCUCCCGAACUCCGUCGCAUACAAGCAUCUGAUGCAGAGGAAAGCCCAGUCUAGGACACUUGUUGGCAGGGUAUCUCGCGGAAUGGAGAAGCUGAGACAGGUAACCUUGAGGAACAAGACAUCAGUCAGAGCUGGGGCAACUGUCGCCGUUGUCACUGCCGCCUUUGCUCUCGGGCUUUCCAUAGGGCAGACUCAGCUCCAUGAAAAGCAGCAGCAAAUGGAAGACCAAUGA